GCAUCACAGACAUACGGCAACACCCCGCUCCUUCGAGCGCCUGCAACGCUGCGCACUACGUUUAUUAGCGGUUCUAGAGCAUAUAACGACGACUUUUCUUCAGUUGGAGGAGCGAGGGCUUUAUUUUAUUUUUACCACGUUGACUCGAGCACUUGUGCGCCGGGCGGUUGAAGGAUGCACGGAGCGCGUUGAUGGUUCGGCGUAAAUGACGAUAUAGAGACAUACAUGACAUUGCACUCUGGGAAGGUCUGCGGAUAACAAUGAGCACCGUGUUUCACCAGCAGGCUGUUCACAGUCCCCUGGAGCAGCAGAAGGGACAGCGGCAGAGCAGCUCCAUCCCGUGUCAAAACUGUGGCAAGCCCUGCAAAGGCGAGGUGCUCCGGGUGCAGAACAAACACUUCCACAUCAAGUGCUUUGUCUGCAAAGUUUGUGGAUGUGAUUUGGCUCAGGGAGGGUUUUUUGUGCGUCAGGGCGAGUUUAUCUGCACUCUGGAUUAUCAGCGACUCUAUGGCACCCGCUGCUUCAGUUGUGAAGAGUUCAUUGAAGGAGAAGUUGUGUCCGCCCUGGGCAAGACAUACCAUCCACGCUGCUUUGUCUGUGCCAUCUGCAAGCAGCCGUUUCCAGCUGGGGGCCGCGUGACGUUUAAUGGCAAGGAGUGCGUUUGUGAGAAAUGCACUCAGCCUGUGCCAGUCAACAGCACCGCUUCACCACAGGCUGUGCACAAUUGCUGCGGCUGUGGAAAGGAGUUUAAAAAUGAGCAGUCUCUGGUGGCGCUGGACAAGCACUGGCAUCUUGGCUGCUUCAAGUGCAAAGUGUGCAAUAAAGUGCUUAAUGCAGAAUAUAUCAGCAAGGACGGGAUCCCCUACUGUGAGGCAGACUACCACGCCAUGUUCGGCAUCCAGUGUGAAACCUGCAAGAAAUACAUCACUGGAAAAGUACUUGAGGCUGGAGAAAAACACUAUCAUCCCACAUGUGCCAGAUGUGCACGUUGUGACCAGAUGUUUGGGGAGGGGGAGGAGAUGUACCUGCAAGGUUCUUCCAUCUGGCAUCCUCCUUGCAGACAGGCAGCACGAAUGGAGGAGAAGAGUAAGAAACAGGUGCGGAUUCAGCUCAGUGAUCUUCAUUCCAAUGUACCUGAGCAGGUGACGAGAACAUCCUCUGAGAGCAUCACCUCUGCUCCUGCCUCCAGUGCAUCGGGCUCCCCUAGCAGAGUUAUCUAUGCAAAGCUGGGUGAUGAACAUCUGGACUACAAGGACCUGGCUGCUCUUCCUAAAAUCAAAGCGAUCUACAACAUUGACAGACCUGACAUGCUCUCAUACUCGCCCUAUGUGAGCUACCCUGUGGAGGACAGGACUUUUGGAGAGUCACCCCAGCAACUCACCCCUACUCCAACUGAGGGAGAUGGGGAAAAGUCUCCUCGGCAGAGGAGGCCCUCCAGCCCAAGCUCCAACAGCUCUUUAGGGGGUUAUGGCCGCUAUACGCCUUCCCGCUCGCCUCAGACCUACAGCAGACCAGAGCAAUUUCUGAGUGUCAAAUACAACACUCAUCCAGAAAAUUCCAACUUGUUGCCUGUUCCAACUUCGGGGAGGAGUAGUGCCCAUGGUAGUGCCAGAGGCUCCUCCCCACUGCCUUUGUACAGCGGCAGUGGUAGAAACACACCACAGGCAGGGAGUGGUGGCGUGGCCCUGCCCCUCAACCCCACUACUCUGGCUUUGCUCCAACAGCACAACUACAUCCCUUACUUCAGAGGUAGUGAAAGCGGUCGGAGUACCCCUAGUCUCUCCACCUACUCUGAUGGCAAAUCUCCUUCCUCUACAUAUGUGGCGGCUCCACGGCAUUUCCAUAUCCCAGAGACUAAAGUCAAAGAUAAUAUCUAUAGAAAGCCCCCUAUCUACAAACAGCAUGCUUCCAGAACCUCCUGGCAAGAUGGUGAAGAUGUAGACAGAAAGACCAGAACAAGUUGGAUGAACCUGAAGAGUGAGAUGGAUGGACAGUCUCCAGAUUUGGACCCCAGGACCUCCACCCACAGCUUACCCACCGAUAUGUCUCAGCCUAACUUCCCAUACAAUAAGUCUGCUUCGCUGCCAGGAUAUGGGCGGAAUGGAAUAUACAAGGCGGCUGAUCUUGGCGAAGAUGAUGUCGAUCAUGACUCAUCCUGGAGUGGAAUGAGAGAGUACAAGGUCUAUCCCUAUGACAUGCUAGCUGUGACCCACAGAGGCCGAGCAAAACUUCCACGGGAUGUGGACCGCACCAGACUGGAGAGGCACCUGUCACCUGAGGACUUCUACAGCGUAUUUGGGAUGACCAUUGAACAGUUUGACCGUUUGGCCUUGUGGAAGAAAAAUGACCUUAAGAAGAAAGCCCGCUUGUUUUAAAUCCCGCCGAAUCGCUUGAAAGAAAGCAAAGAUAAAGAGAAAACCUCUUCUCAUCCAUCCUGUGCGCAUGGAGGAUGAGUGUGAGAGAAAUAUAUAUGCACCUCGGUUCUGCUGCAUAGCUAAAGUCAUCCCAUCUCACACUGAAGGAGAGGAAGCGCUUUCACAAUGCUGUUUGCCACCUAGCUUUGUUCGUGAACGCCCUGCCACAUGGUCUGAAUGUCACUCUGAUGACGGAGAGUCAGAAUGAAAUUCUCUCCAAAUCUUGUUUCUCUCUUUGAUUGUCUUUGAUCUUGCUCCCUCGUCUGUCUUUGUGGUUACUGCAUUGUGUUCUCUCUUUGUGGAAAAAGCACUCAAUGUUGAUGUAAGCCACUUUCUUUACAUUUUAUACUGUUGCGAAACAAGGCCAAGCAGCUUUCCUUGUACGUCUUUUUGCUAUGUAAUAAUAUCCAUCUUCCCCUGUCCCCUUGUCUUUAUUUAUGACUGCAAUGAAUGUUGUCCAACGUUUUGGUCUUGUCCUCGUCUACUCAUAUUGUGUCUUUCUCUCGUCUCUUCCUGCCUGUUCCUAGUCUUACCUCCUAGACAUGAUACUCAGCCACUGCUUGGACUGUAAUAUCUAUCAUGUAACAUCAGCUUUAUGGAAGCUCAUUCAUCCAUGGCUUUAGCAUGACCAGGCCAAAGACUCAGUCGGAGCUAGAAGUCAAAGCAGCGUACACAUGACCUAACCAGACGCAAUAACACGACAAGAAAAAGCCUCCUCCUAACCGGCCGUGAUCGUGAGAAGCAAGGAGCGACAGGACACAACACAACACCAUGCUGGGUAGCCCCGCCCACUGUGAAACCUCAUUGGUUCCUCAGAACUGUACAACUCAUUGGGUGUGAUUUUGUCACAUCACGCAUCAGUUUUCGAACGUGUCGUAUUGCCCCUGGUUAGGACACGGUGUUAGUUGAUAUGUUUAAUAAUCUUUACCGUUGCUCAAUGACUGUGUGUGCAAACAGCUGGAACAAUGCAUAGCUUUUGUGUUAUAUUAUGCAUUUGUUUGCUUUAUCAGGUCAGUGUGCAAUUGAUCAGAUGUCAUUAUCAUGAGAUCCCAGUUAUUCAAUAAGACAUUUAGAGUUGUUCUAAACCGAUAUCUAGACAUCACAUACUCUCUCCAUAUAUAUUGUGCACAGUACUAUGGUUAUAAACUUUAUCAGCCAGACAUUCUCAUUGUUUUAAUCCACACAAAUGAAAGUGCUCAAGGCAGAUUAAACCCUUAUUUUUGUAUGCAUUUUCUUUUUCAUACAGAUGUUUUUGCCAGAUACUUUAUUUUCCAUUUGCAAAUAAUUGCUACACUGACUUUAGCAUGGGGCCAUGCCAAAGUUAACAGAUUCUGUAGCAAUUAGCAAAACGAAUACAACGCGACACUUAAUAAAGCAUGCAGUUCAGUGGCGCUUCAUUUAAAACCCAAAUAUGAUUGUUUUUCUUCUGCUUUUUUUGAUUGUUAAUAAAUGUGUGUGCAGUGUAUUGAUAUAAAUGUCUGUUACACUUAUCAUGUCACCUCGUAGGCAUGCACUGCAUUUACUAGAAGCAUCAUGUAAUGACUUCAUAAUGGACUUUUAAGAUUAAUCAUGACAUGUUGUUUGGUUUGAGAUCUUAAAGUUAUUGAGAGAUUGUUUUGUUUCUUCAGACACAUUCUUAAGUCAAACCAUAUCUGUUCUAGGUUCUUUCUCUUAUGCCAGUGACUCAGAUUUGCAAAAAAAAAAAAAGAAAAAAAAAAGAAAAGAAGAACGAUUGGUAUUUUGUCCUUUUAAUUAUCUGAAUGCAUUAAAUAAAGAUGUCAGAAAUCUGGAACUGUUAGAAACACCGCCACAUUCAGUGAAAUAAGUUCUGAGUAAUGAUAACCAUGUGUAACAUGUGCCUAUAUCUUGUACAAUAUCAAGGCAUCUUUGGAUUUUUUUUUUCAACUGCUCAGCAGGGAAGCUCAGAUUGUUUUACUUCGUUGAUUGGGAAAGUAUGGUGUUUCUAACUAACUGUAUGUGUGUGCUUAUCUCAUUCUUCAGGGUCGUGAUGUGACAUUUUUCAUGCAGUAAAUCUCAGCCUUCAUCAGUCAUGCCAAAAUCUGUUGUUUUGGGAAAAAUACAGUGCAGUAAAGCUUGUCUGAAACACAUGAAGGUGUUUUGGUCUGAGUGCGUAGGUGGGAGCCUUCCCAGAAGAACCAUGUUGAGCUGCGGAGGACGAAUGUGUUAUUCUUAUUUGAACAGCUGUAGAAACAUGCUCGCGUGUGGAUGUGAGUGCUCCAGCUCAGCAGUCCAAUAGUUCAGACUAGGUGAGUUCAGAUCAGUGUGUUGGAUCAUCUUUAUUCUUCAGCGUAGCACUGUUGUAACCUUUCAAAAACAGACCCAAGUAGAGACUAAACAGAGAGGUCACAUCUGCAUCUGCAUUUCUGUUUUCUAAAUAUAUGGUUUGCUUUUGGGAAUCAUUUCAAAAUUUGUUUUUCUUUGUGUGUGUGAAGUCUCUUGGUCUGGAUGAAAGCAGAUGUAGGACUGUGACCCAAGAGAACUCUGACCCAACAGUUUUGAGAGCUGCUUUCCUACUUUUGCUACUAUUACAUAUGAAGAGUGUUUGUGCCUGGGUCCGAUUGCAUUCACGCAACUGUAUUAUUUUGUACCUAGAAAGUUUGAGACAUUCUUAUGAAGCUGUCUUUGUGUUAGGAUGAGGUAGCGCAACCAAUUGGGUUUUCCAUGGGUGUGUGUGUGGUUUUGUGCUAGUAUGCAAAUUAACUACUGCGUAUAACUGUGAUUGUAAUGUUGUUCUGACUGUGCAAAGUAAUGAGUUUGGGAAAUGUAAAUGCACCCAUUUCAUUCACAGUGUCUUUGAGUUGCUUUGCAAAAAAUACUGAUAUUCAUCUCAAUAAAUACAGUUACUUCCA